GUACUUGUAAGGCAUGACCCCUGUCGCUACUCCCCUGGAGCGUCAACUGCUUUGUUGUGGGUGAAGCAGCCAACCUCGGCCACCAAAGGAUACAACCGGCAUUCGUACUUCGCCCUCGCUUCAACUCGAAAUCCAGUCAUGCGCAGGGCCAAGGCCCGUACAUACAGCGGCGGCACCACCACCACCACCACUCCGAUCAAGAACCCUCUCAUCAAAGUAGCAACAAAUCGAUAAACGGUCAAUUGGGCGUCGGGGAGGUUGGACAACUGGAACAAGCCGACAUGGCCCCGGACGACCGCCAUGACUCGGCGCCCGACUUGCGCAUCCUGGGCGACCGCAUCACCCUCCAGCCCAGCGGUUAUGUCGAGCCGGCCCUCCCUGAGGAUGGGAAGGAGGAGGCUCUCAUGAAGAACAUGGCCCGCUUCCGCUCCGAACCGUUACGGUAACUAAAGCCGUCAUCAC